CACAUUUAUUGUCUGAUCAUCAUGAAACUUGGUCAGAUGAUUUGUCCCAAUGAUAUCUUGGAUGAUUACGAAAAUGGUUCCGGUUGGUGGAAAAACAUGGCCGCCAUGAAGGUGUGGCAAUUUUUCCUUAUAUGGCUGUAGUAAAACCCUGUUAACACUCUAGAAGCCAUAUUUAUUGUACAAUCAUCAUGAAACUUUGUCAGAAGAUUUGUCCCAAUGAUAUUUUGGACAAGUUUAAAAUUGGUUCCAGUUGCUUGAAAAACAUGGCCACCAGUGGGGGGGGGCAUUUUUCCUUAUAUGGACUUAAAAAUCUUCAUGAAACUUUGUCAGUAUAUUUGUUUAAAUGAUAUCUUGUAUGUGUAUGAAAAUCUUUCUGGUCUGUUGAAAAACGUGGCUGCCAGGGUGUUCACUAGUCAUUAAAGUAGGUAAGAACAUUUUGUUCUAGUGACAUCUUGGGCUGCACAGAACAGGUCAGUUCUUUUGAAUCUUAGGUGAGCGACUUUGGGCCUUUCAGGCCCUCUUUUUUAUUUUAAAGUGAAAAAAAUUUAAUGGUGUCCCACCACACCGUUUUUAUGGAACAUCGUUGACGAUUCGUCAGUCUUAAACAAAAGAGCCAAUCAGAAACGUUGUAACAGAAAUAUUUCAAACCAGGCAGUUUUUAUUUUAACAUCGUUGAUGAUUUGUCGGUCUUAAACGAAAGAGCCAAUCAGAAUCGUUGUAACAGAAACCGAUGUAAAUUCAGAAUGGAGUGGAGAGAAAAGAAAAAUGAACCUUUUAGAUUUGGGAUUUAAAGCUUAGUCUUAAAUUCUGGUUAGAAAGAAAAUGACACAGUUGAUUUUUCUUCCUAUUUAUAUUGUUAGUUAUUGUUUAAUAACUAUCUGUUAUAUUUGUUUAGGUUCUCGUUAUCUUUUUUGCACUGUCUUAGAUCGGCUGCCUUCACAUUUGUUGUGACUUUUAGUGCCGUAUUAAGACAUUUUACUAAGAAGAUGAUUAUACCAGCAGUUACAGUGAUAGUGACUCUUACUCUUGUGAGAUGUAAAUGUGAGAUGAAGUUCUCAUCAGUUUACAAGUGUGCUGUGAGUCCCACAGGAGACAAGUUGUACAUUACUAACCACUGGCAGCACAAGCUCGUCACCUUGGCCAGAGAUGGAACUCCCCUGGAAUGCUUGGUUGACCGUCAAUUUGGACAAUUGGAUGGUAUACAUGUGACACCUGCAGGCCAGGUAUUGGUGUGUGCAGACUGGGCCCACUUAAUCAUACAGGUGGACAGUGAUGGCAAGAAGACUCUGAUGACAGAGAAGAGAGGGUGGUCUCCAGAAUCAGCCUGCUACCACAGCGAAACAACCUCCAUCAUUGUGGGACAGUGGAAUAACAACAACAUACUGGUGCUUAAAGUGCAAUAGCUUAUUUGUACAUGUAUCUAAUGCACGUGUAUCUUAAAUGUGUAGUUAUAUGUGAUAAAUAUUUCAAUGACAUUACUUGCUUAGCUUGUAAAUUGUAAUAUUUUACAGAACAACAUUGUGUUUGUGGUUGAACUUAUAAAUAAUGUGUAUAAAUAUGCUGUUAUUUGCUUAUAAAAAUUAUGUGUAUAAAUAUAUUGUUAUUUGCUUAUAAAAAUGUACCUUUUUGAACAUUAGAACUAACAAUAAAGUGAUAUGUUCUUUUUAUGUCCCCCACCACUAUUGUGGGGGACAUAUUGUUUUUGCCCUGUCUGUUGGUCUGUCUGUCUGUUGGUUUGUUUGCGCAAACUUUAACAUUUGCAAUAACUUUUGCUAUUAUGAAGAUAGCUUCAUAUAUGGCAUGCAUGUGUAUCUCAUGGAGCUGCACAUUUUGAGUGGUGAAAGGUCAAGGUCAUCCUUCAAGGUCAAAAGUCAAAAAACUAAAUCAAAGCGGCGCAGAAGGGGACAUAGUGUUUCUGACAAACACAUUUCUAGUAUUUUUUUCAGUAUUGAAUUUGACUUUGGUUGUCAUCAAAGUGUGGUAAAAUACAAAAGCAUCAUUGAAUGUGUUUACAUAGACAUUCAUGUACAUGACUUUUGGUCUAUGUUUAGACUUUUAUUAACGAGGUUUUUAGAAGAAAAAAACUGGUUAUUAGAUGGGCGAAUGUCGGCUGGCGGGCUGGUGGGCUGGCGGGCGGACGGAACAAGCUUGUCUGUAACAUAACUUUGUCGUUCAUUGUCAGAUUUUAAAAUCAUGUGGCACAUUUUUUCACCAUCAUUAGACAGUGUGUUGCGCAAAAGAAUUACGUCGAUAUCUCCAAGGUCAAGGUCACAAUUUGAGUUUGAAAGUCAAAAAUGGCCUUAAAUGAGCUUGUGUGGGCCAUAACUUUGUUGUUCAUUGUCAGAUUUUAAAAUCAUUUGGCAUUUUUGUUCACCAUCAUUAGACAGUGUGUUGCGCGAAAGAAUUACGCGGAUAUCUCCAAGGUCAAGGUCACAAUUUGAGUUUGAAAGUCAAAUAUGGCCAUAAAUGGACUUUUUUUAAAAUUGAAAACCUGGUUUUGUGACAAUUUUGCCCCUUGUUUCCUAAUUUGUCUUGUUGUGUUGUCUGAUGCAUUCUUCAAGAAGCAAAUUGUGCACUUAUUGUAAUGAGAGAAUAAUCUCAUCCAGGCUUGAAAAUGCAUUUUUAUGUCCCCGGAUCAUUCGAUCCGGGGUAUAUUGUUUUGGGCCUGUCUGUUUGUCUGUCAUUGUAUUUGUGUGUCUGUCUGUCCAGAAACUUUAAACUUGGUCAUAACUUUUGUAAUAUGAAAGAUAGAAACUUGAUAUUUAGCAUGCAUGUCCAUCUCAUGGAGCUGCACAUUUCCAGUGGUGAAAGGUCAAGGUCAUCCUCCAAGGUCAAAGGUUGCCGUGGUGUAAUGUAUAGGGUGUCCGCCUAGCGACCGGGAGGUCAUGAGUUUGAUCCCCACCGUAUAAGCGUUCUUUAGAUCUCUCCCAAAUACACCAAGUACUGGUUCUUGGCCCAGGAAACGGACUCGAGAGCAUUUAUAUAAGCCACAGGCUUUCGAUGCAAAUUGAGCUAAAAUUAAUAGGUUUAAACUAAACUUAAGGUCAAAUAUAUGGCUUCAAAGCGGUGCAGUAGGGGGCAUAAUGUGUUUCACAAACACAGCUCUCAUUUGUUAUGUUUAUGGACUAACAUACCAAUUGUAUCAAUUUAAAAUUUUAGUGUUAGGGACAAUUUUUAUAAAUAUAAACAUGUGUGUUUAAAUUUACACCUUAUAAGGUGUAAUGAAGUGUAAUGAAGUGAUAUAAAUAUCACUUGGAAUUAAUAACCUAUUAUUCGGCAAUGGUUAUUUGGCAAUAGUGAAAUGUAAUAAAACCUAUUUGUUUCCCAGGUCGAUUAACAGCAAUGAUUAGUAACUGUAUGUGUUGAAUGAUUGCUAACUUGGCCUCCCCUUUUCAUAUAUAAAUUGCCAUUAAAUCAGGUUUAUCAUAAUUUUGUUAAUGAAGAAAGAGCACAUUUGUUGCUGUUACUCAAAUCAAAGAGAUUAGCUCAGUUUAAGAGGGAUAUAUUGUCAAAAGAAACUGUACAUCAAUGAAUAGAAAUUGUGAAUCUUGUGCCUUGCCCUUUUACAUUUGUAGUGAUAUAAAGCACUUUAGAAGUUCUUUGAGGUAAGAUUAGAUGUUUGCAAUUGCGUCCACAUUAGGUGUCACAACUGGUUAGAUGAUAUUAGAUCAGUUUUCAAGAGAAGAUGCCUACCUUGACAAAGUGUAUUUAAGACGGAAGGAUAAAUAGAUUGGUUUGUCAGGAGUUACCUCCCUGCUAGUGAUAUUGUUUUAAAUGAUAUUUCCCUAAUUAUAAUGGAUAAUUAAAGAUUCUUUUAAACAAAAUAUUUAGAUAUCCACAGGAAGUUUGUAAAUUUGGAGGCACUUUGCAGAUUUGUUUUGUGUUGGUUGCACGAACGUCUUCCUCUUUUUCAAGCUGUUAAAUUUGAACAUGAAAUAUUUCAUAUUGCCAAAAAGUAUAGACAGUGUUUUUUUUCACCAUUUUAGGAAUGGAGCCGGAUUGUUUUGCAUUGGGAAAAAUUGUGGCGUUGUGACCAAAAUUGGGACAUGAGUGUUGUUUUUUUCUAACACAUGCUUCAAAAAUUAGAAUAAAAUUGUUUCAGAUA